CUCCCCCCCCCCGAACCACCUCAAUGAGAUGCAAACAUGAAAGACAAGAGGAAGAAGAAGGACCGCACCUGGGCCGAGGCUGCCCGCCUGGCAUUGGAAAAGUAUCCCAACUCACCAAUGACUGCAAAACAAAUACUGGAAGUCAUUCAGAAAGAAGGGUUAAAAGAAACAAGUGGAACCUCUCCAUUAGCUUGCCUGAAUGCAAUGCUUCAUACUAACACUCGUGUAGGUGAUGGAACAUUCUUCAAAAUCCCUGGGAAAUCAGGACUCUAUGCUCUCAAAAAAGAAGAAUCAACUUGCCCUACUGAUGGAACAUUGGAUUUAGGAUGUGAAUCUGAGUUAGAUGGCACUGAAAUGGCUGAGACAAACAAUAAUAAUGGAGAAGAAAAUGGUGUUUGCCCAAAGCAGACAUCUGAGGAAAUGUCUUCCAAUCGUGAUUCAAGCCUUACUAAUGCACCGGUGCAAAGCAAGCUAGUAUCUUCCUUCCAGCAGCACACAAAGAAAGCACUUAAACAGGCUUUGAGACAACAGCAGAAAAGAAGAAAUGGAGUCUCAAUGAUGGUAAACAAGACUGUUCCUCGUGUUGUUUUGACACCAUUAAAGGUGUCCGAUGAGCAGUCGGAUUCACCUUCAGGAUCGGAAUCUAAAAAUGGUGAAGCAGAUGGUUCUGAUAAAGAGAUGAAACAUGGGCAAAAGUCUCCAACUGGAAAGCAAACAAGCCAGCACUUAAAGAGAUUAAAAAAAUCUGGUUUAGGACAUUUGAAAUGGACCAAAGCUGAGGAUAUUGACAUAGAAACACCUGGAUCUAUUCUAGUGAACACUAACCUGAGGGCUUUAAUAAAUAAACACACCUUUGCUUCUUUACCUCAGCAUUUUCAACAAUACCUCCUGCUUUUGCUUCCAGAAGUAGACAGGCAGAUGGGGAGCGAUGGAGUUUUGCGCCUCAGUAGCUCCGCUCUAAAUAACGAGUUCUUCGCAUAUGCGGCGCAGGGGUGGAAGCAGCGGCUGGCAGAAGGAGAAUUUACACCAGAAAUGCAGAUGCGCAUCAGACAAGAGAUUGAAAAGGAAAAGAAAACAGAACCUUGGAAAGAAAAAUUCUUUGAAAGGUUUUAUGGUGAAAAGUUGGGAAUGUCAAGAGGAGAAUCAACAAAGCUCACUGCAGUGCAGAGCAAUGAUGAAGAUGAAAGCAAUUCGUUGUGCGGAUCUUCCGGCACACCUGGUCCUUCUAAGCAAGCAACCCUUGAGGAUCAAGAGGAAAAAGGUGCUAAAGUUCCACCUUUACCAGAGAGAGAUUAUAGUCCAUCUCAUUCUGGUAUGGAACAGGUUCCUGUCAAGGAUCUAACAGCAGAUUCUGAGGAUAUACUGAUACCUGAAGAAUCAGUCAUUCAGGAGGAAAUUGCUGAAGAGGUCGAGACAAGUAUUUGUGAAUGCCAGGAGGAAAACCAUAAGCCAGAACAUGAGUUUUCUGAGGAAUCUGUAAGUCCAGCUGGCACAAAUGAGGAAACAGAGGCAGUACAGCUUGCAGACAGCACUGAGUCCUGUGUCAUGAUGAAUGAUGUAACUGAUCCUGUAUCUCGCAUUGAAAUUAAAGUAGAGUUGAAAUCAGAAUGCCCUCAGGAGGAGAUGUCAGUUGUGAUAGAUCAGCUGGAGGAUUGCAUAUCACCAGCACAAUCAGCUUCAUCCACAAACUCUGUCAGCGGUACAGCUGAGAAGGAUUCUGGGUCUGCAAAAGAGCUAAUUGUGCCAGAAAUGCAAAGUGCUGCUCUGGAAGGCUCCUUGUUCACUGGUGGAGGCAUUGCAGUGGAUAUGGAGCUUCAUAGUGACCCUGAGGAACAGUUGUCUGAGAAUGCUUGUAUUUCUGAAACUUCCUUUUCCUCUGGAAGUCCAGAAGUUUGUAUUGCCUCUCCUGGAGGAGACACUCAGUCGACUUCAGAGGAACCCUGUACUCCAGCAUCUCUUGAAACAGCUUGCUCAUCUGAAGUGUCCAGUUCUGAAAACAUUGAAAGUGAUAUUCAGCAAAAGGCCAGUGAUGAAAACUUGCACACACCUUUAAUGUCAGAAAUCUCUCCCAUGUCCACUUCACCUGUAACCUCUGAAGCAUCUUUGAUGUCAAAUUUACCUUUAACAUCAGAGGCAUCACCAGCUUCUAAUUUACCUUUAACAUCAGAAACAUCUCCAAUGUCUGAUUUGCCUUUAACAUCAGAAACAUCUUCAGUAUCUUCUGUUCUUCUAAGUUCUGAAACAUUUGUGACAAAUAGUUUGCCUCUUCCAUCAGAGGUAUCUCCAGUUUCUAAUUCCCCAAGCAGUGAAAGACUUACUCUGCAACAAAGAAAAUCACCGUGUUUGUUGGAAGACUCCCUUCCCACUCUGAAAGAAGAAAGCUCUGUCAUUCCUAAGGUGGUUCAAGAAGAGAAUCUUGUUCAGCCAAAACAACUGCAGAGUGCCCCUGAAAGUAUGAAAGUUGGUCCACUAACAAUUUUACCUGAUACUUCAGUGUUGGAAGAGUCCCAAUGCAAAAAUCUCAGUCAUCAGCCAUGUAAGUCACAUUCUGAAACUGAAAAAUCCUACAUUGCAUCCAUUCCAGAACAUACUCCUCCAGAGGUGAUCAAAAAUAAAAAUCACAGUGUUCAGCAAAGAGGUGACAAGAAAGGUACACUCUUGCCUUCAGAGGUAUCCGUCUUAUCAGAAGGAUCACUUGGCAAAAAUAUCGAAUUGCUUCCAUCAAAGCCACAUGAUAAACUAUAUACCUCAUCUCUAGAGAAAGCUACGUUCUCUGAAGUGUGCAGAAGUAAAUCUCACAAGCUAACAGGCAGCACCCAAAGUCGUCUAGAGAGUUCACAUUCUUCUAAGUCUUUAGAACCCACAAAAUCACCAGAAGCAAGAAAUGAAAGUAGAGACUCAGAGAUCCCAAAGAGGAAAACAGCAGAACAGCAUGGUUUUGGAAUCUGUAAAGAGAAGAGAGCUAGAAUAGAUGAUGAUUUGCCUAAUCGUAAUGCCUCAUCAACAAGUCCUUCUGAGAAAGAACAGCCACCCAGAGAGGAGCCCCGAGUUCCACCCCUUAAGAUUCAGCUUUCCAAAAUUGGACCACCUUUUAUCAUCAAGAGCCAACCUGUUUCUAAACCAGAACCUCGAGUUUCCCCAAGUACAUCAGUCAGCAGUGGGAGAAACACUGGGGCUAGAACUCUGGCAGAUAUCAAAGCAAGAGCUCAGCAAGCAAGAGCCCAAAGAGAAGCUGCAGCUGCAGCAGCCGUGGCAGCAGCUGCCAGCAUAGUCUCUGGUGCAAUGGGGACCCCAUGCGAAGGUGGAAAGACAAGAACGCUGGCACACAUCAAGGAGCAAACAAAGGCCAAGCUAUUUGCAAAGCAUCAAGCCAGAGCUCAUUUACUCCAGACUAAUAAAGAAUCAAAGUCACAGUUCAGCUCAAAGGAAAGUAGUACCUCAUCUCUGGAGAUACCAACGACUACUGACACAAAGAUUGAAGUUUCUACUGGUGUCAUUAUAGUUAAUCCUAACUGCAGGUCCCCUAGCAACAAGUCUUCUCAUCACCGUGAGACCACCACUUUAUUGCAGCAGUCCCUUAACACAGCUACAUUACCAGAAACUGCUACUGAGAUAUCUGUGCACAGUUCUGAUGAAAAUAUACCUGUGCCACAAUUGUGUGAGAAAAUUAUUUCAUCUACCUCUGCUGAAAGUAACAGUGUGCCAGUGCUUUAUAAUAAAAGUUCAGUCUCUGUGUGUGUUUGCAGCACUGCUAUGUCUGGAGCAAUUAAAGAACUUUCUUUUGCAAGUUCUGUUGAUAAAUCCUCUGUGUUAAUGUCUGUUGACAGCGCAAACACAGCAAUUUCAGCCUGUAAUAUAAAUAUGAUGAAAACCAUCCAAGGGGCUGAUACUCCUUGCAUAGCUGUUGGACCAAAAUGUAUUGAUAACAGUAAUGUACCGGUCUCCAUAGACAACACAGUCUUAUCAAACGCCAUCGAUGACAAAAGGUUGCCAGUACCCAGUAGCAAUGUGAAUAACGCAGUCUCCGGUCAUUAUGCCACUGUGCCAGCUUCAUCUAUUGCAAGUAACUUGCCAAAUCAUCUCUCUGGUAGUUCUGUACUGAUUCCCCCAGUGGGGACUACCAACAGAUUUCCCUCUGAUAAGAUAGCCAUAACCGGGUGUAGCGAGCAGAGCACUGUCUCCAUCCACACUACCGUCAGGUCAGCUUUAAGUUGCAGUGAGGCCCUUCCAGCAGCAGAUUCUGUUGCAAGGCCACCCAUUUCAAUGUUUACUGGUAACAUGGUGACACUAAGCUCUUACGAUAAUGCCACUAAAGUGAAUGCUGAUCUCUUAGAAAAAAGCUCUGGAGCACGAAGCCGCAUGGAUCUCUCUGGUAAAUCUCAUCCACUGAGCUUUGCACAAACUGCCAUGAAUAGGUCUAUACCUUGUAAAGUCAUUGUCGACCACACUACGAACCAGAAUUCCAGUCUGUUGCUUUCUUCCUCUAUUGAAAGUGCAGAGAACAGCAUUGACCUGCAGAGCAGACCUGUAAGGACAGAAGCUGCCUUACAAAGUAUAGCCUGUCCUCAAGUGUCUGUCAUAAGCAGGCCCGAAGUGGUUGCUAGUGAAAACCUUGAGCACAGUUCCAGCUUUAUUGCCAUUACAGCAAAGCAAGACAGCAAAAACUUGCAGGCAGGGUGUUCAAGUCUACGAGAAGUGCCUCUUGCUCCUCACGAUAAAUUAAUUGAGGUGGUUACUACCAGCCAAGGCUUUGCUGAGCAACUAAGAGGUCCUUCAGCACUGAAAAAUGAAGCCAGUGCUGCCUGUGCCAAUCAGUACAACACUAACAAUAGAAUUUGUUGGCGUGAUGAGGAGGCAAUGAACACAGACCAGCCAGUGGUCAGCCAUCUUACCUCUGCUAAGCAUAAGGAAUAUGCAGAGCAAAACUGCUUGAAAAAUGUCAAAAGCGAACCUUCCAGUUAUACACAAAUGUCAGAGCAGCAAUCCAGGAGUCUUUUGACAAGCAUUGCUGUUCCUGUUAAAUCGGAAACUAAUGAGUCUGACAAGUGCUUCAGGAUGGACACGGAGGAUUUUACUGAAAUGCCUGCGCAGACUGCAGAAAUAGCCACAAGUGUGCAGCCACCACAGACCUCCAAGACAUCCAUUGCCGACUCCAUGGAGGACUCCCUGUCCCUCACAACAGAAACCCUAAAGAGAGUUACCAGUGCCGGGGGCUCUAGCUGUCGCUUGUCGUCAGUGGAGGCCAACAAUCCCUUAGUGACACAGUUACUGCAAGGCAAUCUGCCUUUAGAAAAAGUGCUGCCGCAGCCCAGAUCAGGAGCCAAACUUGAAAUUAACAGGCUUCCCUUGCCUUUGCAAACUACCUCAGUAUGUAAAACAGUAGUGGCCGAGAGAAAUAUUGUUGAACAUGCUUCCAACUCUAAUCCAGAUGGUAAAGGAUUUACGGCAGGCAGCAUAGCCCCGCUACAAAUCAGAAAGCGUGAAAACCAUCCGAAAAAGAGGAUGGCCAGGACUAUAGGGGAACAUGCUCAAAUUAAAUGUGAGCCUGGGAAGGUGUCAAUGGACACAGAUGUUAAAGUGGCUCCUUGUGUAAUUAGUUCCAGCAUGAAUCAGCUAGGGCACGGACAGCCAUUUAAGCAGGAGUGGCUUAACAAACACACCAUUCAGAGCCGGAUCGCUCACAGCCCAGAGAUCAAGCAGCAGAAGAGACCGUUGCCUUCAUGCAGUUUCCAGCAGAGCUUGUUUCACAUUGAUAAAAAUGGCAGCUUUCAUGCAGAAGCCAGUACCUCACACAGACAGCAUUUUUACCAAAUGUCCAUGGCUGCAAGAGGCCCCAUUCCUACGGCAGCUUUGUUGCAAACUACUUCAAAAGGCCCACCUGGCUGCAACGCAUUUGCUUUUAGCAGACACAUGGAACAGAAGGGUUUGGGAGACGUGAAUAUUUCUACAGCAGCUCACCAGCUGAGGCUAGGAAGUGUGUUUUCCCCUAAUAUUCAAAUUAAGGAAGGUGAUGACAUUGCCAGUGCCUCUCAAACUCUGCAGAGUAAAACAUUAGUGCAUCCCCCUGCUCCCCCUCCGCCCCUCCCACGUCCUCCCCCUCCUCACCCAAAUGCAGAAGUCCCCGCUGAUCAAAAACAACCAACAGUUACUAUGGAAACCACUAAAAGACUUAGUUGGCCUCAGCCAGCCAGCAUCUGUAGCAAUAUAAAAUCUGAACCUAUUUCUUUUGAGGAAGGUUUAAGCAGCAGCUGCGAACUGGGCAUGAAACAAGCUUCCUAUGAUCAGAACGAAGUGAAAGAACAGUUAAAAGCGUUUGCAUUAAAAAAUGCAGAUUUCUCUUCCUAUUUACUUUCUGAGCCACAGAAGCCUUUUACCCAACUUGCUGCUCAGAAAAUACAGACGCAGCACCCACAGCAGCAGCAGCAGCAACAGCAGCAGCUCUGUGGAAAUUAUCCAACAAUACACUUUGGUAGCACAAGUUUCAAAAGGGCAGCAUCUGCAAUUGAGAAAUCGAUUGGGAUUUUAGGAAGUGGUUCAAACACUGCCACAGGCCUGUCUAACCAGAACGCGCAGAUCCCGGUUCAGAAAUUUGCUGACAGCAGCAACGCCGAUGAGCUGGAACUGAAGUGCUCCUGCAGGCUGAAAGCCAUGAUCGUGUGCAAAGGCUGCGGAGCCUUCUGUCAUGAUGACUGCAUAGGGCCUUCCAAACUGUGUGUAGCUUGUCUGGUGGUGCGGUAGGAGCUGAGUCAAAGAUGCAGUAUCCCUUAUCACCGUGGGAGAGCAGGACAAAGGAACAGAGAAAGUGGAACAGUUUAGGCCACUAAUGGUUUGCAAUUAGUGGAUUGAUUUUCCUUUUUAACUUUUUUUUUUUUUCUUCUACAUGGUGCUUUCAGAACUUAGUUAUUCUGCCUGAGUGCCAUUUUCUGGGAAGAAGAGGAAACCUGUAGAAGUAGUUUAAAAAAAAAGAUAGCCUUGUUACUGAAGCAUCUAUGAGCUCUAUUGCUGUGCUAGAAAAAAAAAAAAGAAAAAUGCAUUAAUGCAUGUCAUUCAUAGCUUCUAUUUAUUUGCACAAAGUGCAGCACAUUUUUUCUCCACUGUUUGAUAGUUGAUACGAGCUGCAGGUUAAAGAUCAGUGGAAGAAUAGUACUGUAAGAAGUGGAGUAACUAUGCAGAAUGAAUAACACACUGAAUAGCGACUGGUGUGAGUGGGGUAGUGGCAAGGUGCGGGAUGCCGACCAUCGUAGCUUCUGAAUCAGCUUGCAGUCUUUCUGCUGACAAGAUUGUUUUCUUCAAUUGACUUUCACUAUCUAGGGCAAAAAUACAGUCACUUCACCUAAUAAAAGAAAUGUAAAAGAGGAAUUUAGAUGGUUAGAGAAGUUUCCUUAUGUGCCUGCCGGGGACUGUGGAACUCAAAUCUUGCUCAUCGUCUCUUCUUUGUGGAUUCCUUGAGAAAGAUUUGUAUAUAUGAUGAGUUAGCAGGACCAACACUGGAAACACAUUGGCUUCAGUACAGUCUGGAGAAAGUAACUUCUCUGCUGGGGAUUAGAAACCUCUUUUCUCUUCUUGUUUUUCACUCAAAUGGUCUUUAUUUGUAUUUGUCUCUCUAAUCUGUCCACUAGGUUUGUCAGUCCCAAACAUAUAUAAAAAUAUGGUCAGACAUAGGUCAUUGGUUCUCUAGGCUGUAGCCUUUCUGUGGCCUAAAAAUGAUGCAUUCUUCUGAUGAAUGAAUAAGGAAAGAUUUUAAUUGCAUAUUGGUUGAAUGUUGGUUCAUAAUUUCUUUUUCCUCUUAUGUGAGUUACUCUGUUUAAAUAACAUCUGAAAGUUUUGCCAUUUAAAGUAAUUCUUAGAAGUACUUAAAACACUGACUUUUUUUUUUCUCAAAGAAAGUCAGACCCCUUUUAGAAAUUUGGAAGCAAAAUGUAUUUUUAAAAGGGAUACUGCAUCUUUUAAGUAACCUUCUGUAGUUAUCCAGUACUGUAUUUACAUUCAGGACUAUAGCUGCAUUCCAGAUGUGCUAGCCACCAUAACAGCAGAAAAGAAAAACAGUGAUUUUGGGGUCCUAUUCACCUAAAAGGAAAAUAUUAUAAAGGGGUAAAGCACAUGCAGUUGCUGGGGAGAUGAAAAUACCUUGGGUUUUUUACUCCCACUUCAAGAACACAACAUGUGGAGUUCAAGUCAUCCAUCUGCCAAUAUGGGGUUGGCCUAAUGUCAGUAUCAAGAGAAACUUUUUUUUCAUCACAGUAGAACCUCACUAAUCCAAAGACCGUACAGCCUGCUCAAGAAAACUGAGUUUUCUCGCACACUUUUAAGAGAGCAGUGUAGUAAGAAUGUGUGAGAUGUGAUACUGGUUGUUUUCAUCGUGCAGUGAAACUGUUGCAUUCUGAAGUACUAAUGUGAAUGAUAGAGCUACAUUUAGGAAGUGAAAGGUAUGCUAUACUUUAGAGCGUACUUUUUUAUCUGAUCUUUUUUGUGUACUUUUCAUCAGCUGUAACUGGUCUCCCUGACUCAGGGGCAUAUUAGUGAGGUUCUGCUGAGUGAAGGAACCAUAUUUAUUUUCUUGUGGGACCAUUUUCACAAACAUGAUAAAUGCCGUUUGUUGUCUUAAAAGUGAGCUGGAAUAUCUACAGCAUACAUUCCUGUCAUAGGAAGCUCUAUGGUGCACCUUGAUGUUCUCUUUUAUUGUAAUUAGCAACAUAUCAAUAUUAUUUUGACACUGUGUGGUACAAAGGCCAUUUGUAAUAACUAACAAAUUUGUUGCUGAUACAAUAAUACAUUUUUUUUUCUAUACAAAAGUGCUCCUUAAUAUGACAUGUGAACUAAUGAACGGCUUCUCAGCACUUUCAGGUCUUCUGGUAGGAAAAUAAGCCAGCCAAGCAAAAACCUAGAAGUAACCAAGAGAAAAUUAGCAUCCACUGCUAUGCCCACUGCUGGCAAAACAGCAACUGGGUAAUACUCAUGAGUAAGCAUGAGUUUAGUCAGUUAAUGUAUAUCAGAUUCAUAGUUGAGGAGCCUUUGUAUUGGAAUUGUAUUGCGUUGUAUUUAUACUUGGUAGAGCUAGGAUAUUCUAUUUAAAAAAAGAAAAAAAGAAAAAGAGAGCAACCAGUCUUAGACUUCUGUUUACCUAUGUUUAUAUAAGCCUGCUGGGAAUCCUUAUUUCUAGCUCAAGUUUUCCUGUCCACAGCACAUAAGUCAAUAUUUGUUUGUACUUGCAUCUGGAAAUAGUUCUUGUAUUGACUGAGAUAAUACAGAAAUAAAUUCCGGCCACAACAUAGUUUUCCUUUGUUUGAGGGGUAAGAGUGUGACUAACGUGGUAGGGUCACUCAUUUAUGUCAUAUUGUCAUUUUUGUAUCAGGAUUGCAACUUGCAUGUGUGAGGUCAUGAUAAAAUGUAUUUAAAAUGGUAUUAGACUGGAUGGUGCUAUGUUACAUUACACGACUGACCAAACUCUUCCAUAGUGCAGCUCCACUCCUUUCAUUUUUGAGUCAUUGGAGUUGCACAAGGAAUAAAUUUCAGCAAUUAGUUAGCAACAGUGGUGAAGUGUUGUUACGGAUUAGGUUUAGGGUAUGAAAAUACUCAAAAGCAACCGCGGUGAUGUGAGAGCCUGAAUGAAUCCAAGUGUGACUGAAAACCUUACAUGGAUUUUGGUGUCACACAAAUGCCUAGGGGAGAGUGACCCUAGGCCUUUGGUAAGAACCCAGUCACAUUUAGACAUUAAUUUUGAAUUACUCCUUUUUGUUGUUGUUGUUUGAUUGUUCAGGUUUCAGGCUCAGUGUCAUCGUGUUUUCUAAUGACCAUGCCCUUUGCACCGUGGGUUGUUAAUAGUUUAUGCACUGAAAAGUGGUGAAAGAAUUACUUAAGAACACACUGCUCUGUGUUUGUGUGUACGUACGUAUGUGUCCCAGUGUCCAGCAUGUAUAAUUUACUUUUUUUUUUUUUUUUUUUUUUUUUUUUUUUUUUUUUUUUUUUAAUCUCCAAAAUUGUUCCCCUACUCCUACUCCUGGAGCAGCACUUUUGGGUGAGAGGGAGAAACCCUUAUUUCUUUCCUCCCUCUGUAUUGUUUUAAUUGCAUACCUGUGAGAUAUGCAGAUAACGUUAGGGCAUUUGCAGUGAGUGUGUUUGUGUGUUUCUGUUCUGAAAUAAUUUUCCAAGCAGAAACUCCCUUUGAAAUAAUGUUAAAAAAAUAAUUAAGAAAUGGUGAACUGGAUGCUCCCUGUUUGCAUUUUAUUUAUCUGCUGAGAUCUAGUACACAAAAUAGCAUUUAGAAGACAAAAAUAAAGGUUGAGCCAUAAAGCGAAAGGUAUAUUCUCUGUACUAUAGACUUUCUUCUUGAGGGUGGUGCAUGUUGUCAGGGUAAGCUACAGAACGUGCAGAUGGUUUUUCAGGGCCCUGCAAUUCCUUGCACAGUUUUUAAGCUGGUGCAUAUGGUGCUUUAUAAUGCAAUUUCUGAAGUAAAAUUACCUUAUGCUGCACCCCCUUCCCCUUAUGAACACACGCACAAUUUCAGAAUCGUUAUUGUAGCCUCUGGUUUAGCAGUUUCUCCAAGGUGUGGUGAAGUACCAGGAUAAACACUCGAGCUGAGCUGAGAAGUGUCACCAGAAGGGAUCAUUUUAGCUGACGCACAUGAAGGGCCCUGCUCUGAACACUGAAUGACUUCUGCAGUCUCCUGGCAGCAGCGCAGUGGCUCGUCUUCCAUGGCUCUGCGGAACACUGAGGGGGAAGCAGCAAAAUACUCAGUGGCUUUAUCAUGGACCUGUGUAGCUAAAUGUUUCUGAAUCUAUGAAAUCCUGUUGUCUUCGAUCAUCACGCUUUGUCACUGUAAAACCAAUGAAAAGAAAAAAAAGCAUUUUUUAGUCUAAUUUAAGGAGCUGCUUCUUUUAUAGCACAUAUUUCGCUUUGUACUAUAUUUGAUAGUUAAAGAAUAAUUUAGUCCGUAGAAUAACUUUGUUGUAUUUGUACUGUUCAUGAAUGUUACAAGAAAAGUGCUUUACUUUGUUGCCAUAAUUCUCUUGUACUGCUGUAAAAUAUUUUUUCUGCUUUAUGGAAACUUAACUCGAUUCACAUUUUCAGUACAGGGUUUUUUGUGUGUAUGUUUCAGGUUUUUUUGUCAGUAUUCUGAAUGUUUACAUCUGUUCAACAUUAGCCAUUCUAUGCCUUUAUAGGGCAGUAUUACUCCUGCAGUGUAACAGCAAUGUGAAAUCCACUCAUACCUAACAUGCAUGAGAAAUACAGAUUUAUUGGGGAGAUUCCUAACGUGCAUAGAUACUUUUUCUAUCCGCAUUCAGUGAAGUAAAUACCCUCCUUCAGUCCUCUACCAAAGAAAAUGUUAUUCCCACAGGACAAGCUUGGAAAGUGGUUCUCUGAAUUUUCAGAAGGGGGUGUAGUUGGUUUCAGCAAGAUUGCUACAGUUUAAUGCUGUUAUGCUUUGCUUUGUUACCCCACCAGAUGUGACAGGGUGCAACAAGCAUUUUAGCAAUUUUUUAUGUUUCAAGACAGUGUUGUUUUGUUUAGAAUUCAGGGAUCAUGCUUUCUUUAAUGGUGCUGUUUGUUUUAUUUUUUUUUUUAAGAAAACAACCUUUUGUUGCCUACAGAAAUGACCAUUCAGAAAACCAUAAAUUAAAUAAAAUAAUUUGUCUUCAUAACUUUUCUCCCUUUCCUUUUCCCCUUCCCUGUCCUUAAAAAUAACAACUUGGGCUUCAAUAUUAAAAUAUUCUGGAAAAAAAAUAAAGAUAUAAAACAA